UUUACGAUGUUUAUGAUGACCAAUGAUGACAGACCGUGUAUUCAUCCUCUGAUUGUUUUUAACCUCAAAAAAUGGCAACAGCGAUUGCUUUGCUACGCAAUUUUCUUUAUUUUUAUCCUCAUAUCGUUUAAUUCAAUCGAUAAAAGGAUCUCAAAGCAACAAUCACGGCAGUUUAAUAAUGGCGAGAUAUUCGAGCGACUCUGAUUCCGAUCGAAGCAGCAGACAUCGAAAAAAGUAUUACGGAAGAUCAAGAUCAAGCGAUUCCGAUUCAAGUGACAGUUAUCACAAAAAACGAUCGUCAAAGAAUAGUUCUAGCAGAUCAAAGAGCAGACGAGACCGAACGAGCAGGUCAAAAAGUCGAGAACGUUCAGAUCGAUCCUCAAAGUCCUCUAAUUACAAAUCAUCGCGAACAAAUUCCAAAGAUAGUGAAAAGGGACGACGAUAUCGAACCAAAAAAUCGAAAUCGUCUUCUCCUGAUGUAAGCAGAAGAAAAGCUGGCAGCUCACCCUCGGCGGAUAAAUCAUCUAGUAGAUCCAGCAGCGUUCAAUCAAGUGGGGUCAAACCGACUGUUCAGAAGUUUGACUUUACCGUCGAUCCUAAAAUCAAAGAGACUAUUUUGGAAGAAAUAAACUCGGAAAGUUUUACUCCCAAAACUUUUACCUCAUCGGCUUCCACCAAAGAGAGCAAAUUCAGAAAUGUUGUCAUUGACGUCUCCGCCGAAACGAUUCAGACACCGCCUGUGAAAAAUUCUAGCAACAUCACUGAAAGCAUAUUCCACACUUCGAUAAUGAUUGACCAGGAGGCUCGCUUUGACAAGUGGGUUAAGAAACUUUACACCCUGAGGCAGAAGGCUAUAUCCGAAGUGAAUCACACGAACCUCUUCUGAAACAGAAGGAAUUUCACGACCCUCUCUUCUUAUUUCCCCGAGUAUCAAAUCAUUAUCGUCGUCAAAAAAUGCGUUUUCCUUAAUUCUUUUCCCAUCUCUGUACCCUUUACAAAACUCUGAAGUUGAGAAAAUUUGUCCUCAUCGCAGUCAGGAAUUUCACUUUCGAGCAACGCGAAUGCCUCAAGAACCGAUAUUGCACGAACGAUCUUGAAUAAAUGAUUUUUCAAGAAAAACAGAGUCA